AUUAUUAUGGGAGGUUUGGAGUAAUCAAGGGUAAGUGAAGAAAUGGUCCACAACUGGACUUUCAUAGCCUCGCCCCGAACUUUAGCAGCGCUCAGCCGUGCGCCAGUCCAAAUUUGGUGAGAACUUUUUUAUCGAUUAGGAAUUUUCGACAUGAACUUUUUAAGACAUUGUGGUGCAUGAACUUCCAAGCUCCCAAUUCAACAACCACAACGAUAAGAUGUUGCGACAAAUAAAACCCCGCAAUGCCCGCUCCAAAAGAGCUCUCGACAAAAAAGCACCAAAAGCCGUCGAAAACCCCAAAACCACCCUCUUCCUCCGCGGUACAACCUGUUCGCAAGUCGUCCAAGACGCCCUCACAGAUCUCUUCCAACUUCGCAUCCCCCUCGCCAAGAAGUUCACGAAAAAGAACCCCAUUCACCCUUUCGACGAUGCUUCUUCCCUCGAAUUCUUCUCCGAGAAGAACGAUGCGUCGAUGCUCGUGUUUGGCAGUACCAGCAAGAAACGUCCGCAUGCUAUUACCUUGGUCCGAACAUUCUCGUACAAAGUGCUCGAUAUGGUGGAGCUGUAUUUGAAUGCUGAGACAUUUCGGACGUUGGCGCAGUUCAAGAAUAAGAAGUGCGCGGUGGGAUUGAAGCCUAUGUUGCUAUUUGCUGGAACGCCGUUUGAGAGCCCGGUUAGCGAUGAGUAUACGUUGCUUAAGAGCUUCUUUACGGAUUUCUUUAAGGGGGAGCCAGCUGAUAAGGUGGAUGUUGAGGGAUUACAAUAUAUUGUGUCUAUUAGUGCCCGGGAUACUGUUGAUGGGGAGGAAGUCAAGCCGAGUGUGCAUUUGAGAGUGUACUUGAUCAGGACGAAGAAGAGUGGGCAGAAAUUACCGAGAGUGGAAGUUGAGGAGAUGGGACCGAGAAUGGAUUUCAGAGUUGGUAGAGUCAAGGAGGCUGAUGAGAGUAUCAUGAAGGAGGCAUUGAAGAGGGCAAAGACGAGUGCGGAGAGACCGAAGAAGAAUAUCUCUACGGAUAUUGUGGGUGAUAAGAUGGGUAGGAUACAUCUCGGCAGACAAGAUCUGAAGGAGUUGCAGACGAGAAAGAUGAAGGGUCUCAAGAGAAGUAGAGAUGUGGCACGGUCGGAGGAUGAGAUGGAGGAAGAUGAGAUUAGCGAGGAUGAGCCUGCGAAGAAGACGAGAAAACGCUAAGUCAACCUGUUUGGUGCAUGGUAUGUGGUGUUCGGCGUACUGGGCUCGCUUUGUUUUAAUUUGCAAGAUUCCCUCUUCUACAUGCGCUCUGCAGAACUGGCCAAAACCAGGCUGAAAAAGAAUCAUCACA